AUGCUCUAUAGGGUCAAUAACUUCUCGACCCUGCCUCCCGUGACGUAUACUGCGAGCUCAACGCCCUCAGCCACGACAACCGCUGUUGCGACUGCUGGCGAUAACGUGCGGUGCAAUAUCACGGAUCUCAGUUCGAAUCUCUAUGUUGUUCCCUCAACCGAUAUAACAUACUUAGAUAUUUUGACCCUCGCCAACAAUCCCACCAUCAAUUCCGCCUGCUCAAAUCUGCAGGCUUUGGAGGGAGAAUAUAUCUGUAUAAGCCCUCCUAGCACUACAGCUAUCCCCAACAGCUUUGCUCUGAAAGCCGCCACAACUGCUGUUGCGUCUUUGACCUCCACGAUCAACGUCAAUGCCACCGUGACAGCGAAUCGCACCACGACUUGGCUUCUUCCCACUGGGCUGUCGAUCUCGACCAUUACCGGGAUAUAUAACGCUACUGCAUAUUUAAUGACCGAGGGCUACACGCUCUGCCAAAACGCGAUUUCUUACUAUAGUCUCGAUAUGGAUAACAUCGUCCUUAGUGAUCUUAUGACUAACACCGCCUGGUAUAGUGAAUGGGACCGUGUCUGUGAUCUGGACUUGAGCCAGCCUACUCCCACCAUCCCCUUUAAUACGAGCAUUCCCUUAGUCACUGCUAGUGAGACGGGUACGACUUCGGGUAGCGCUGCUGCAGGAUCUACCUCUACUAUUGUCUCGACCUCCAAUACAGGAUCCUCGACCAGCAAGACCGCCACGUCCACGACCUCGAAUUCUGUAGCUACAUCCACGGCCACCGGUUUGGUCCUUUCCCCAGACGGCACAUGUGGCGGCACUACGGGAUAUACGUGUGAGCAGUCUGGCUUUGGUGAUUGUUGCAGCAUUUAUGGCGACUGUAGUUCCACCAGCGAUUAUUAUGCUGCGUCAAGCUGCGAUGACUCCGCGGGAGUUUGUGCAGGUGGUGUCUCCCCCUAA